AUGAGGUAUUGGCUAGCGAUUACCCGUCGCAAGUUGGCGCUGGAACCACGCGAAAUAAUGGCUGCUGUUCAUCAAAUGGAUCUGAAUACACUGUCAGCUGACAAAGUAGACAUUUUGUCAAGAAUCCUACCCAACGAUGAGGAGCGAAAACUGUAUGCGGAACGAGGAGAUGACGAGGGGCUCAGUGAUGAGGACCGAUUCAUGGCAGCGUUGUGUGAAAUCGAACGUCUCGAGCAUAAACUGAGUGUGAUGCGUGUUAUGGCCGACUUCGAUGAGAGUGUCGCCUUACUGGAACCGCAAUUCACUCAUGUAACAGCGGCAUCGAAGUGCGCUCGUGAAGCCACAAUGUUCCAUCGAGUACUGGAAGUGAUUCUGGCCUUCGGUAACUACAUGAAUAGUUGCCGUAAAGGAAGUGUGUAUGGAUUCCGUUUGAGCAGUUUGGACUCGUUGGCUAUAAUGAAAUCGCCGUCGGAUCGCUCUUUAACACUUCUGCACAUGGUUGUGGAGUCGAUAGAGCGAUCAUUCCCGGAGUUGAUGAAAUUUGCUGAUCAGCUCAAGUUCGUCGACAAGGCAUCUGGUGGUGAGUACUUGAUUUACAUCGUGUCCUUCCCAAGGAAACUCUUGACCUGGGUUUUGAAACAGGCUAGAAAGGAACGAGCGCUCAAACGUGAGAAUUGUCCUGCGGCUCUUGCUGAGUUCCUGAAAACGCAUGAUGAACGUAUGACUCAGUUACAAGAACAUGCUAAGCUUGCUGUGAAGACAUACGAGUCCUGUAUCGAGUUCUACGGUGAAUCGGCUCGCACAAUGCCACCAAACGAUUUCUUUGCGCGGUUGGGCAAGUUCAUCGCUAAUUUCCAUCGCUGCAAGCAAGAGAACGACGCUCGGAAUGCGGCUGAAAAGCGACAGCGCGAUGAGGCAGAGCGGAGAUCGCGUGUCAUGACGAAAUCGCAACAACAGGACGGAAUUAUCCGCGAACUGACAGAACGUGUUGGCAACGGAAACGUCGCGAAGCGACAGCGCGGUAAAAUCGACAGUCAACAGAUUGGUCAUGGCGAUUUCGAGAAGUUGAUGAGUGGCCUCAAACAGACGUAUGCGGUUUCGCCGUCACCCUCCGUUCCCACGCGUGUAGCAGCAAAACCCGUGUGGUGGCGUGGAUCGCGAUAG